GAGCUGCCAACUCGCGCGUCUCCGGCGUGACUGCCGAGAUUGACGUGGAGGACACGUCAAAUUGAUCCCCGCACUCUGCAGCCUCCCGAUCAGACGAAUUUCUCCUAAUCGGAUGAAGUUCACUCUAGGCCUGGGGUCGCGGGCGUGGAGAGUGUCCUGGGAGCGCCCGGGGGAGGGCGGCUGCGCGCUCCGCGGCGGCGCACGGCGCAUUUCCAGCCCGCGGCCCGUCCGCCGCGGCUCACGACUCGCGCGCGCCCUCCCUCUAUGCCUCUCCCGCGGCGGCGGCGCCCGAGCUCUCCCGGACUGCGCCGGGCCCAGCCCCGGCCGCCUCGGCGCCAGACAGCUGGCUGGCCCGCGCGCUAUGGAGCAGACGUACGGCGAGGUGAACCAGCUGGGCGGCGUGUUCGUCAACGGCCGCCCCCUGCCCAACGCCAUCCGCUUGCGCAUCGUGGAGCUGGCGCAGCUGGGCAUCCGACCCUGUGACAUCAGCCGGCAGCUUCGCGUAUCCCACGGCUGCGUGAGCAAGAUCCUGGCGCGCUACAACGAGACAGGGUCCAUCCUGCCCGGGGCCAUCGGGGGCAGCAAACCUCGUGUCACUACCCCCAACGUGGUCAAGCACAUCCGGGACUACAAGCAGGGCGACCCUGGCAUCUUUGCCUGGGAGAUCCGCGACCGGCUGCUGGCCGACGGCGUUUGCGACAAAUACAACGUGCCCUCUGUGAGCUCCAUCAGCCGAAUCCUGCGCAAUAAGAUUGGCAGCCUGGGUCAGCCGGGGCCUUACGAGGCGAGCAAGCAGCCGCCGCCGCAGCCGGCCCUGCCCUACAACCACAUCUACCAAUACCCCUACCCCAGCCCUGUGUCGCCCACGGGCGCCAAGAUGGGCAGCCACCACGGGGUCCCGGGCACAGCAAGCCACGUCAGCAUUCCCCGUUCGUGGCCCUCGGCGCACUCGGUCAGCAAUAUCCUGGGCAUCCGAACAUUUAUGGAGCAAACAGGGGCCCUGGCUGGGAGCGAAGGUGCCGCCUACUCCCCCAAGAUGGAAGACUGGGCCGGCGUGAACCGCACGGCCUUCCCGGCCACCCCUGGAGUGAAUGGUCUCGAGAAACCUGCCUUGGACGCAGACAUUAAAUACACUCAGUCGGCCUCUGGCCUCUCUGCGGUAGGCGGUUUCCUCCCGGCCUGCGCCUACCCUGCCUCCAACCAGCACGGCGUGUACAGCGCACCGGCCGGCGGCUACCUCGCCCCCGGCCCGCCUUGGUCGCCCGCGCAGGGCCCCCCGCUGGCGCCCCCCGGGGCCGGCGUCACUGUGCACGGCGGGGAGCUGGCCACAGCGAUGACCUUCAAGCAUCCCAGCCGGGAAGUGGCCGAUCGGAAGCCUCCCAGCCCCGGCGGCAAGGCCCCAGACGGCCUGAGUGGCUUACACGGACUGCCCAUCCCGGCCUCGACCUCCUAGGGGCAGCGCUUCCCUGAACCCGGAGCAAGCAGCGGACCCGCGGGCGGACCGGGGCGCGCAGCUCGGCCUUGCAGUCCCGGCGACGCGCGCAGGACCCUGGACACACCGAGGAGGUGCCGGGAGCCGGCCUGCUGGGGGCCCGCCCCAUUGGCCCCCAGAUCUCGCCCUGCCCACCGGCCCGGCGGCUACAUUUCCUUUGCCGCCCAGGAGUUUUAGGCUUUUCUGAACUUUGGCUUUAGACUGUGGCACCCUCUUCCGGAUCCUUGCGCCUACGUGGCCUCCCUCCCCGGCCAGCCUCAAGUGUCCUUUCAUACCUCUCCCGAGGUUGUACGGCACCCCUCCCCCUCCCUCUUCCCUUCCUUCCUCCCUCUUCCCUUCCCCUCUCCUCCUCAAAUCAGUCCCGUCCCUUCGGUCUUUGUUUCCUCUCUCCCUUUGUUUCCCCUCUCCUUCCUACCCAGUCUUCUUUCCUUCCUCACGUUUCCCUGCCUCCCUUUUGUCCUCUUAGUUUUUUCUCCCCUCUGUUUUCCCUGCUUCCCUCUCUCCAUCCGUUUCUGCACCACUGUGCCCUCUUUCCUGUGCUCCUCUCCCCCUUGUCUCCUCAGUGUCGUUUACGGUGACUCCAUUUCUUUUCAUUUCUUUUCAUUCCUGACCUACACCCCUUCGCAGGUGAGCUCUAGACUGGACUCCUCGACAGUCCUCCUGGGCAGCUGGGACUUUUUAGUCUCCACCUCUUGGAGCUCCCCCAGCGCAAAGGGAAGGGUCCGGAACUUAGGAAAUGGACAGAGAGGCCAUAGCCUUUAUUUUAUAUUUUAAUAUUAAUGAACCCAAGCAAAACCCGGAUGAACUGUCCUGUCCCCUCUCUCACCCCCAGGGUAUUGUCUGAUAAUCUGUAUUUUCUCUAUGCCUACUGGCUGAACUUCUCUUUGCUUUCCCUGAGAUGAUGUGUCCCCAAAGGAGAUUGGGGUACUAGUAGGGGGCACUGGGGCCAUUGGCAUUUUCUCUAGUUAGAAAACAGCGUGCCCUGGAUGUUCCCGUUCCCACCCCUCCACACCUAACAAGAGGGAAUCUGACACAAUAUAAAUGCAUCAGCACCCUUUCUGUUUUCAGGGGUCAGCACAUUUGUUAAUUUAAACCACAGACUGCUUCCGGGUACAAAGGUGCAAUCUGGCUUCUGGUUUGCAAGGGGAUGAGGGUCGGAAAACCCCAGAAAAUGUCUCGUAGAGCUGGACGCAAGAGCUGUUAGCUGCUUCCAGGUUCAGGCGCACUGGUGGCGGGACCCUGGACACAAAACUGCAAUUGUUGUAGUCCUUAAAAUGUCAUUGGUGACGGUGUGGCAUCACCUGUAAAACGUGGCUGCCUUUGAAUAAAAGAGAGCAUCUGAA